AUGGAAUCACCCAAUUCUACUACGAACCAAAGCUUGAUCACAAACAACCUGGUGACGGUACCGAUUCCGAUCCUGCCCUCGGAAGGCACGUACUGUUACGUGUUCGUGAAGGGUUCGCUGUAUGCCCGGGACAGUGCCAUAUUCGGUUGCUCCACGGAUGAGGUGCAGGCACUCUCGAAACGCUUCCAGAUCAGCUCGGUUCCGAUCGACAAUGGGGUGGUCAUUAAGGUAGCCCCGUCACUGAUCAUCAACUCGCUGGCGCAGCUCGGGUACAAAGUUAUCUCGAGCACCGGCGAAACGGAAGUCGUGUGGACGCUGCAGCGUGAGCUGUAA